AUGAUAAUGCACAUUGUGAAAUUGCGACCAAUUGAAAGAGAAGUUUUAUUCGUCAAGAUGAGCAAGGCCAUACAAAAUAAUGUACAUAUAUUAAUAAAUUCUCCGAGAUCUUUUCAUUCUUGUACAACUUAUACUGACAUUCCUUGGAUAGAUUCAAUUACAGCAACUAUUGAAAGUUUAGCAGAAGAUCUAUCAGCUUGUCGUUAUUCAUCAUUUGGUCUUGUACGUUGGUAUUUAACUCGUAUUGAUGCUAUUAAUCGACAAGGCUUAUAUUCACUUCAUGCUGUUAUUGAAACAAAUCCUGAUGCUCUAACGAUUGCCGAUGCACUCGAUCAAGAACAACAUCUGCAUGGUUCAAGAUCAUUACUUCAUGAAAUUCCUAUUUUAAUUAAAGACAAUAUUGCAACAAAUGAUAGAAUGGAAACAACAGCUGGUGGUUUAGCACUUGUUGGGUCUCGUGUACCUUGUGAUGCAUUUGUUGUUCAACGAUUAAUACAAGUAGAUGCAAUUAUUUUAGAAGGAUGGUCUGCACGAGGUGAUGCAAGCAGUUCCGCUUAUGUUGCUAAUGGAGAUCCAUCAGGAAGUAGUAGUGGCUCAGCUAUUGCUACAAGUGCGGGUUUAUGUGCAGCUGCUAUAGAAACAGAAACUGCUGGUAGUAUUGUUAUGCCUUCAAGUCUUGCAGAUAUUGUUGGUCUGAAAUCAACGGUUGGUUUAACAUCACGUUCAAGUGUUACUCCAAUCUCAUAUGAUCAUGAUACAGUUAGACCUAUGGGUAAAACUGUUGAAGAUGUUGCUCUUCUACUCGAAGUUAUACAAGGUAUUGAUAAUCGAGAUAAUGCAACACAACAAACAAGAAUCAUUCGUCAUCAAAAUUAUACUCAAUUUUUACUUGGUGUUGAAGGACUUCGAUAUCUUCGAUUAGGUGUUAUACGUCAAGUUUUUCAUUAUAAUUUUCGUCAUCAUAUAUCAUAUUAUUUAUCUGAACUUGAAAAUAGAACAAUGAAAUCAUUAAGAGAUUUAAUUAAAUUUAAUAUAGAACAUACUGAUCAAUAA